AUGAAUCACAAGAACAUCGUUCUCACCACUCUUUGGCAUUACAGAUUGAACUCGUUAAAAGUUUUCUCUCCACUUAGUGUUCAUGGCCAACGAAAAGAUUUUCUGGGAACCGAGCUAAGACGUGGUGAUUUUCCUCCUGAUUUCAAGUUCGGUGUAGGAACAUCUGCUUUUCAGGUUGAAGGUGCCUGGAAUAGAGAUGGUAAAGGCAUCAAUAUUUGGGAUUGUUUCUCACUAAGAAACCCUGAUAAAAUUACUGGAGGUGCAAAUGCAUGCAUCGCGGUUGAUAAUUAUGCAAGAAUGAAGGAAGAUGUUCAGUUGCUGAAGAAAAUGGGUGUAGAGUAUUACAGAUUCUCUAUUUCAUGGUCCAGAAUAUUACCAGGUGGGAAAGUAUCCAUGGGUAAAAGCUUGGAAGGCAUUAAUCACUACAAUAGGUUACUAGAUGAGCUGGAACACCAUGGGAUCAAGCCGUUUGUCACUCUCUUCCACUGGGAUCUUCCAAAUGCUUUGGAAGAAGAGUACAUGGGUUUCUUAAGUUCAAACAUCGUCAAGGAUUUUGUCGAUUAUGCGGAUGUUUGCUUUUGGGAGUUUGGAGAUCGAGUGAAGCAUUGGGUGACAUUAAACGAGCCCUACAGAUUCACUUAUUUUGGUUACGUAACGGGUGAUGCUGCACCUGGUCGGGGUGGAAAUGAUAAAGAUAGUAACCCUGGAAAGGAGCCAUAUGUUGUAGCAUACAAUCUACUCAACUGUCAUGCGGCUGCAUAUAAAAAAUAUCAGGAUGAAUACAAGGAUUAUCAAAAAGGUGAAGUGGGAAUUACACUUGAUUGCAACUUUUUCAAGCCAUAUCGAGGUCCAAAAAAUGACGACGAUUUGAAAGCUGUUGCGUAUGCUUAUGAUUUCAUGCUUGGAUGGUUUUUGGAUCCAUUAACAAGUGGUACUUGGCCAAAAAACAUGGAAAAGUUUGUCCCAGCUUUGAGUUCUAAAUGCCCACCUGGUCGUUUGCCUGAAUUUGGUGUGAAGGAAAUAGAAAGAUUGAAAGGUUCUUAUGAUUUUCUUGGAAUAAACUACUACACAGCUAAUUAUGCUGCACCCUUAAGUGAAUCUCGUGAUGCUGUUCCUCUUGGUUAUCGAACAGAUUGUCACUACUGGGCAUCAGGGCGAGAUCCCAAUGGUAACGAUAUUGGAAAAAGGGCAUACACAAUUGACAAAACUGAAGACAAAGGGUCAUUUGUUUAUCUUUAUCCUGAAGGGCUUACUGGGCUCUUGGAUUACAUAAUCAAAAAGUACGAUGUUCAUGAGAAACACAUCGUAAUUACUGAGAAUGGAUUCCCACAACUAAAUAAUCCUGACAAAACAUAUGAGCAAAUUCGAGAUGAUACAGAACGAAUUACCUACAUAAAAGAGCAUAUCGAAGCAAUAAAAAAAGCCAGGGUAUCUUACAGGAACAUUAUGGGGUACUUUGUAUGGUCAUUCAUGGAUAGCUUUGAAUGGAGAAGUGGUUAUGGUGACAGAUUUGGUAUGAUCUACGUUGAUUACAAGAACAAUCUCCAGAGGUACCCCAAAAAAUCUGCAAAUUGGUUCAGAAGGUUUCUUACUAAGGACAAACCUAAAAAGAAGACUCUUGAGAAAGUGGGGCUUCUAAAAAGAGCCCUAGAAGUGAAUGUGGAAUAUGAAGAAGAAGAUGGAGUCAAUGAUGAAAUGAUUGAGGCAGAAGAACCAAUUGAAGUGAUUCCAAAACUGAAGAAGGCGAAAGCAUGAAAAAAGGCCAAGUUACGACAUGUCUGGUCGUUCUUAUUGCUCUAAUAAGUUUACGUUUUGUGUGCAUGAAAUGUUUUCCAAGCAGAAUUUUGGGGAAGUAACUUUAAGCUUGAAUAAAGCCCCGAAUCAUGCUGCUUAAUAAAUUCAUAUUUUCGUAUCCAUGGAUCUUUUAAAGUUCUCAGACAUGAGAUAUGUAAUAACUCUUGACGAGAUAUAAUAAUUAGUGAUUGUACGUCAAA